CCAAGCCGGUCCAUGCUGCUUGCUCGCUCUCGUCCCGGCACUCGGCCCACCUUCCCCGACCGCGGGGGUGCUGGAUGGCCGGCAGUAGGAGCCCCCUUGACUCGGCCUCGCUGGUGAGAAGCAGCCUCCUCCUCGUCGUCCUCCUCCUCCUCGCCGUCGUCGUCUUCUUCCUCCGCCUCGUCGUCGUCGUCGAGUCGCCUCGUUCCCGGAACGGAGCGCCUGGGCUGUGGUGACAUUUUCCCCCGUCGGCGCGCGGAGCGACACCCCCUCACAAAGGUCGCAAAAGAGACAAGACGGCCGAGCAAAAAGUUUCCCACCCCCGGUGACUGAGAGGCAGAUAUGGCAAUGGUAGUGUGGAGAGGCUCCCAGGACGACGUGGCGGACACCCAGGGCGCCCUCUCUUCGCAGACCCAAGGCGGGCUGGCGCUGGGCAACGCGCAGCCGGGCCAGCUGGGUCUGACGGCCGCGCAGGUCGCGCCGCCGGCCCCGCAGACCCCCGCGCAGGGCGGCCCCAACAGCGGGCAGUCGGCGCCCGGCGGCGGCGGCCAAGGCGGCCAGCAGCAGGCGGACAAGCAGCCGCAGCACAUCGAGUGCGUGGUGUGCGGGGACAAGUCGAGCGGCAAGCACUACGGCCAGUUCACCUGCGAGGGCUGCAAGAGCUUCUUCAAGCGCAGCGUGCGGCGGAACCUGACGUACACUUGCCGGGCCAACCGGAACUGCCCCAUCGACCAGCACCACCGCAACCAGUGCCAGUACUGCCGCCUCAAAAAAUGCCUCAAGGUCGGCAUGAGACGGGAAGUCUCUCUUUUUACUGCAGCCGUGCAAAGGGGACGGGUGCCGCCCACGCAGCCGCACCACGGCCAGUUCGCGCUGACCAACGGGGACCCGCUGCACUGCCACUCGUACCUCUCGGGAUAUAUCUCGCUGCUGCUGCGCGCGGAGCCCUACCCGACGUCCCGCUACGGCAGCCAGUGCAUGCAGCCCAACAACAUCAUGGGCAUCGAGAACAUUUGCGAACUGGCGGCGCGCAUGCUCUUCAGCGCCGUGGAGUGGGCCCGGAAUAUCCCCUUCUUCCCGGACCUGCAGAUCACCGACCAGGUGGCCCUGCUGCGGCUGACGUGGAGCGAGCUGUUCGUGCUCAACGCGGCGCAGUGCUCCAUGCCGCUGCACGUGGCCCCGCUGCUGGCGGCGGCCGGCCUGCACGCCUCGCCCAUGUCGGCGGACCGCGUGGUGGCCUUCAUGGACCACAUUCGGAUCUUCCAGGAGCAGGUGGAGAAGCUCAAGGCGCUGCACGUCGACUCGGCCGAGUACAGCUGCCUCAAGGCCAUCGUGCUCUUCACCACAGACGCGUGCGGCCUGUCGGACGUGGCCCACGUGGAGAGCCUGCAGGAGAAGUCCCAGUGCGCCCUGGAGGAGUACGUGCGCAGCCAGUACCCCAACCAGCCCACCCGCUUCGGCAAGCUGCUGCUGCGCCUGCCCUCCCUCCGCACCGUGUCCUCUUCGGUCAUUGAACAGUUGUUUUUCGUCCGCCUGGUAGGUAAGACCCCCAUCGAAACGCUCAUCAGGGACAUGUUGCUGUCGGGGAGCAGCUUUAACUGGCCUUACAUGUCCAUUCAGUAAGGCGUGUGCGCGUGCGUGCGUGCGUGCGUGCGUGUGUUGCGAGGGAGGGGCCGCUUGGCUGGAGAUGACUAUUCGAUCAUUUUAGCUGCUUCCACUUUUUUUUUUUUUUUUUUUGCUCUGAAGGAAUAUUGGAAGGACACAACAACAACAAAAAACUGUGAAUUAUUCCCUCCCUCCUUCCACUCCCCCCACAAAAAAGGACACGAAUCCACUGACUGACGGAACUGAAAAGUGUUUGUAAGCGAAAGCAACAACACGAAAAAGCGGAAAAAAUAUGGGAUUUUGUUGACGAAAUUUUAAGUAUUAAGUGCAUUUUUUUGUUCUACAAAAAAAAAGGAAAGGAGUUUUAUUUUGAUCCACUUGUGUCCUGUGUCCAAAUGUAUAGCUGUGCGUGCGCGCGUGUGUGUGUUUUGUACUUUUUUCUCAUUUAUUAUUAUUAUUUUUUUGUUCUCUCUGGUUCCAAACCGGCUUAAUAUGUGACUGUGUAGUACACAGGUGGUUGUGUUAUUUUCCAUCGGUUUGGAGAAUAAUGUGUACAAACAAAAAGAAGCGAAAAGGAAAAAAAAAAGAGAGAGAAAUGAAUUCCAACCACAGCAAUAGAAGUUUUUUUCCCCGACUUUUAUCAUCUUUAGAAGCUUCAUGCUUGCGAGCGCACUUACUUUCCCAAUUGUGAUAUUAAUGAGCCACAAAGAAGAUUGUGUAUUAUUUUGUCCUCGUUGACCAAUUGGCAGCCUUAAUGUCCUUUAGUGUAGAAUGUUUAGAUGAGUUCUGAUUCGUAGGGGUGGUGGUCAUGCGAGUUGAAAAGCCAAGCCGAUGCGGUGCUUAAUAGCAGUAUUAAAUGACGAAACAAUAAAACAAACCCUCCCCUUUUCUCAGAAUUAAGUGCCUGACAAGCAUGACGCGAUUUCUCGACAACAACGUGGUGGUAGGGGAGGGGUGGGGGAGGCGGCGGCGGUGGUGUUGGUCAGUUUCUCACCCCCCCCCCACCCCCCAUCCCCUUAGGAUGCGCGAAUCGGCCGUGCAAGCGUGCCGAUGUGAGGCAGUAUUGUUGUAAAUAUAGGUCAACUUGUUUCUUUUCUAGCAGCUCUGAGUGGCCCAGAGCAAAUCUGUGGUUUCCAUUUUUUUCGCUCGUCUUUCCAACGGAGUCUCGGACUCAGCUCGGCUCAGUAGCACUGACGAGUUAUGUACAUACAUAUUAUUAUUAUUAUUAUUAUUAUUAUAUUAUUACAACCACAUUUUCAUUUUUUUU